AUGGUGGCAUUUUGUUUCUGUUUCAGCUGGUCCGUCCCCAUGGUGAUGUCCAUCACAUUCAGAGGAACUGGAGUGGGGCUCAGUGGAGCUAUCUCCGCCUUCGCCUUGGCUGCGCUGGUGUUACCGGGAACUUACCCCCACUACCUGGACUUGAUCCACUCGCUGUCCGUCGGCCCCUAUCUCAUCGGGUUGGCCAAGUUCGGCCUCGCCUUCCCGGUAUCGUUCCACACCUUGAACGGCAUCCGCCACUUGUGGUGGGACCUUGGCAAAGGCUUCAGGAUCCCAGAGGUCUACCGCACGGGCUACACAGUUAUUGGCCUGUCCAUCAUCACCUCCCUGGCAGUGGCCUUCCUCCUCUGAGCGGAGGACCAGCAGAGAUGAGCAGAAAGGAGAGGAGAGGAAGAGGAGAGGAGGGAAUGUGGAUUGUAUUCACUGCGGGGAGUUUUAUGUAUAUGUUCUGUUCUGGCCUACUGAAGCCACCAUUUCGCCAAAUUAUGAAAUAAAGGAUUAUAUUAUGCUGUA